AUGCUCGAUCCAGGGCUCCUUGCCUUUUGCUCGAUAGUGGUCACCCAAAUCGCAAGGCUGGCUGACCAAUCUGAGGACAACGACAUCUUCCGGAACGCGCUGGAGCUUCAUCAACCGACAGUUUACAGAUACGCACUGGAACUCAGCUCCGUCCUUCGCUCCGUCCUGAGGCGCCAAAAAUCAAAGGCACAGCUUUUGGACGUCAACGCUCAAGCUUGGUCCGCGCUUUUCGAAGUUGGGUUGCAGGUCGAGAGCGGUGGCAGCAGCAGCACGCUCAAAGAGAUCGAGAUCAACACUAUCGCUGUUCAGACUGAGGCUGGCGACGUCCUUGCGCCGGUGACUGAUUCGUUCGAGCAGAACCCGGUGCUGCGGCCCGAGCUGCCCGAGCGCACUUUCUUGGUCACUUACACUGUAAAUCGGCGCGUCAAGGCGAAGGAUUACGACAGGAAUGUGUUCCAUCUCGGAUUCGACACGAGCGGUACCAGGCUCAAGUACGUGAUCGGAGAAGCGCUGGGUGUGCAUGGCUGGAAUGACGAGAGCAAGGUGCUCGACUUCUGUGCUUUGUACGGCGUUAAUCCGAGGCGUCUUGUGACCAUCCCCGUGCUCGGGCGUGAGGAUGAGAUGCACACGCGGACGGUGUUUCAGGCGCUGCAGCAGCAGAUUGACCUCUUCGGCCGACCCUCCAAGUCGUUCUUCACAGACCUCGCUGCGUAUGCGACGAACUACGUCGACCAGCACGCGCUGCUAUUCACCGGGGCCCCGGAGGGUGCGGCAACGUUCAAAGAGCUGUCUGAGACGGACACGGUGACGUUUGCAGACGUGCUGGGGAUGUAUCCCAGCGCACGAACGGGCAUCCAGCGGCUGUGCGAGCUUGUCAGGGACAUCAAGCCCUGGCACUACAGCAUUGCGAGUGCGCAGAGCGUCGUCGGGGAUCGUGUCGAUCUGCUAGUCGUCACCCUCGAGUGGGCAAACCCAAGUGGUUCUCCGCGAUACGGACAGCGCACUCGGUAUCUCGCCAGGCACAAGCUUGGACAGAAGGUCACGGUAUCGAUCAAGCUUAGUGUGAUGAAGGUGCGUCCGCUGAUCAUGGCCGGACUCGACACGGGCGCCGCGCCGUUCCGGGCGUUCCUCCAGCACCGGGCGAUGCUGCAGAAACAGGGUGAAGCGGUCGGCCCGGUGUACUACUACUUCGGCUCGCGCUAUCAGUCCCAGGAGUAUCUUUACAGCAAGGAGAUCGAGGUGUUCGUGCUCGACAACGUCAUCACGCAUGCCGGCCUUGCCUUCUCUCGGGACGGGCUCAAGAAAGUGUGCAUUCAGCACAAGAUGCUCGAGGAUUCCAAGGCGCUGGCGGACGUGAUGCUCGACCAGCAGGGCAUGUCCUAUUUGUGCAGGCCGAUGUGGCCGGUGCCGGAUGUGUACGAGGCACUGGUUGACGCGCUCGUCACGUACAAGGGCAAGACGGCAGAGGCCGCCGGCGAAUAG